AUGUCUGAAGCUGAAGUUCUUAACUCUGAGAGAGGACGAGCUCAUGUGAAUGCUUCCAUGUCUGAAGCUAAGGUUCUUAACUCUGAGAGAGGACGAGCUCAUGGUUCCCGAAAGCAAAAGGAGUCAAAUGGACGAUGUUCAGCCACAUUAGAGAAAGUGGCACUGGUUGCUCUGGGUGUUCUCCUCGUAGCCUACGUCAUCACUACAGCCUAUAGAAACUUUCAAAUCAUCGAAAGGUUCCAGAAGCUGACAGAUGAGCUUGACGCUGUGAAAAGAAAUCUCACAGUCAACAGGCAGAGCAGCAGCAGUUUUCACUGUGAUCCCUUUAUAGAGUGUCCUAACUUGGAGAAAUGCUGGGAGCAACACAGAGGAAACUGUUAUUAUUUCUCCAACACUGUUUUAACCUGGGAGCAGAGCAGAGAUCAAUGUAGAAGUUACAGAGGAGAUCUGGUGAAGAUCGACAGCGAAGCCGAGCAGACGUUCCUGGAGCUGAGACUGAGAGAAAAAAUGAACUUACCUGAAGACAAGUUCUGGAUCGGACUGACGGACUCAGAGACAGAGGGCAGAUGGCUGUGGGCGGACGGAUCACCACUGGACCAGAGUUUUACUUUUUGGAGCUCGCGUCAGCCAGACAACUGGAAAGAAGAAGAUCGUGACGGAGAGGACUGUGUGAGGAUGGGAGAGAAAUUCGGAGCUACAGACCUGAAGUGUUGGUUUGACAAAACCUGCAAAGUGCCUCACAGAUAUAUCUGUGAGAAACAACAAACACAAACAACUGUAACUGGAUUGAAAUGUGUUUCACUAACAACUUAAACAAGCUCAGUUCAGGAUGCAGAAUGUUAAACAAUGCUGCUUUUAAUGCUUUUUAAAAAAAGAAAAAGAAAAAAAAACUUCCUCCUACCAUUAAAAUGCAGUUUUUUUGAAUGUGCUGAACAAUAAAUGAAGAGAUGGUAACAGAUAACCAGCGGAGGAGGAAGUAAAAGAUCUAACAGCACACUGAAAAGAUACUCUGUCACAAGUAGAAGCCCUGACUUGGUUGAUACUUGAUUGGUACUUUAGUAAAAUUAUAAUCAUAAAAAAAAAUUACUUUCAGUAUAAAAUGUAAUCAACUAACUACAUAACAAUGCCCCCUGACUGUUGUAUCUGAUGCAGUUAUGACAAAGCAGGAUUAUAUGAAUAUGCUUUAUUAUUCUGUCACUGACAGAUUUGCCAAAUUUGCCAAUUUGCUGGUUUGUAAAAAAAAAGAAAAAA